CACAUCUUAGUGUACCACUGUUCACCAAAGUGGAACACAACAAGAAAAAUAAAAGCAUAGCAUACCACAGCAUGCCAAUAUUACAUCACUCACCAACCCCAUGCUUUGGGAUUUAUAAUGCAUGCUCUACAAUGCAAAUCUGAAAAAGCUGAAAUUUUCUCUGCUAUUCUCCCACUACAAACAAUCACUAUUCUUGGAUCCAUAAAACCAGAGAUCCCAUCUUUCAUCUUUCGUAUAUAUCCCAAUGCUUAAUCUCCAGUGCUGAUACUAAGGCACCACAGAUUCUUAUAUUUCUUGUUUGAAGGCUGAAAUAUCAGUUUUCUUGUCUGCACAACUUAUCCCACCACUAAAUGGGUGCAAGGUGUUCCAAAUUUUCCUUCUGCUGGUGGCAUUCUCACCUCAAGCCCACUGUUCUUCAAUCCUCUGAUCUGGAGAAUGGGGAGAAAAAUUCGUUUCCUAACUUCAGAGAGUUUAGCUGGGAGGAGCUGAAAGCUGCAACAAAUGGGUUUUCUCCGGAAAACAUUGUGUCUGAGCAUGGCGAGAAGGCUCCUAAUGUAGUUUACAAAGGCUUCCUUGAAAGUGAAGGAUGGAUUGCUGUUAAGCGCUUUAACAAGUCUGCUUGGCCUGAUUCUCGCCAAUUUCUUGAUGAGGCUAAGGCAGUGGGAAACCUGAGAAGUGAAAGGUUAGCAAAUCUCGUCGGAUGUUGCUUUGAUGGGGAGGAGAGGUUGCUGGUGGCAGAAUUUAUGCCCAAUGAGACUCUUGCCAAGCAUUUAUUUCACUGGGAGAACCAACCAAUGAAAUGGGCAAUGAGAUUGAGGGUCGCUUUGUAUCUGGCACAAGCUCUGGACUACUGCAGUAGUAGAGGUCGGGCGUUAUAUCAUGAUCUUAAUGCUUACAGAGUCUUGUUUGAUCAGGACGGUAAUCCCAGGCUCUCUUGCUUCGGCCUGAUGAAAAAUAGCAGAGAUGGCAAAAGUUACAGUACAAACUUAGCUUUCACCCCUCCAGAGUACUUGAGAACUGGAAGAGUAACUGCGGAGAGUGUGGUUUACAGCUUCGGAACCAUGCUGCUAGAUCUUCUAAGUGGCAAGCAUAUACCUCCAAGCCAUGCACUUGAUCUCAUCCGUGGCAAAAACUUUCUGAUGCUAAUGGAUUCUUGCUUGGAGGGUCAUUUCUCAAACGAUGACGGAACAGAGUUGGUGCGCUUAGCAACCCGUUGCCUGCAAUAUGAAGCAAGAGAGAGGCCUAAUGCCAAAUCUCUAGUCACUUCUCUCAUGUCUCUUCAGAAGGAAAUUGAGGUUCCUUCUUAUGUUUUACUGGGAAUUCCACAAGGAAAUGCAAAUGGAACUCAGCCAUUACUGUUGACACCCAUGGGUGAAGCAUGUUUGAGAAUGGAUCUCACUGCCAUACAUGAAAUAUUGGAUAAGGCUGGAUAUAAAGAUGAUGAAGGAAUUGCCAAUGAGGAGACCUUGAAUUCCAAGAAGCAAGGGGAUGCUGCUUUCCGAGCCAAGGAUUUCGCUACUGCUAUUGAUUGCUACACACAGUUCAUUGAUGGUGGGACAAUGGUGUCGCCUACUGUAUAUGCUCGUCGCUGCUUAUCUUAUUUGAUGAGUGAUGUGCCUAAUCAAGCUCUAGCGGAUGCCAUGCAAGCACUGGUAGUAUCACCCGAUUGGCCAACUGCUUUUCACCUUCAAGCGGUUUCACUCUUCAUACUUGGAAUGGAAAAUGAUGCGCAAGAAUCGCUAAGGGAAGCCACAAAUUUGGAAGCCAAAAGAAACAAAACCUGAAAGUGUACAGAUUUCUCCUUUUGUUAAUUUGAUUCUCAUGUAUUUAGCCUUCCAAUCUCCGCCCUUGUUGGAAACCAGAGGGUUAUUUGAAAUUGAUUGCUAAUUUUCAUUUUUUUUGAGUUUUGUAGACUUGAGCUCUCUUUUCAUAAGCUCUUUGAAUUGUUGAAUGGAAAUUCAUUAGAUUUCUGAUCGAUUCUCAAGCAAUUCUUGCCUUGCAAAACAUACCCUUUUCUUUGCGCCCUUCACUUCUCUUGUUCAGUUUCCAUUUUGUAAGAGGUUAAUGGUUGCAGUUAGUUACGGGCUGAUUGAUCCUGUUUAGGGUUAUAACAUAACCAUCAACAUCAAGUGAUACAAUAUGAACAGUUUUAGUUGAUUAGAGGGUUCGGGUUUCUUGACAGCUUCGUUGCUUUAUGCAAACGCUUGAAAGCCUGAUGUGUUCAGCACAAGACUACGUCAUGCUUUUGAUUCUGUCAAAAAUAUGAAAUCAGCCUCCAACGAAUCUGGUUUGAUUUUUGGUUAAGAACCUAUAAGUUGUACAAAUAAUUUGCAUCAUUAAAACCCUGCCAGAUUUUCUAAAAUAACAAUUUCGCCAUGAAAGCUAUCAGAUUUUUGACAGAUUUUGGCAAUUGUACCAAUAUAUUAUGAAUUAGCUGCUGCAAUUAAUAUGAAUUCCAUGAAUUGUAAAACUAGUACCAAACUCUUCUCAAAUACUUGGGAUGACAAUUUCCGUAAAAAAAAA